UCGACCAUCACCUACCUGUGGAGUCUUCUCCUUGCACGCAAGCACUCCAUUGCCAGAUCUAAAAAUCAUGCUUACUCUCGUCUGCUACUAGUGAUUUCAGCACAAACAAAAUUCGCAGAGAAGAAGGGGAUUUGAGUUUGGUAAUACUAGUGUGCGUCCGCUGAUUAGCAAGAAUCUGUAUCUGCUAUUCUUUUUCGGCGGAAGGAGAUGAGCAAUUCAGCAGAUCCGCUUGUCCAUCCUCCACCCGGCAUCGAUUCCAGAUCGAAUCAAGAUAUAAGAGCCGACGAGUGCGCUGCCGGCAUAGCACAGAUGUCAGUCAAAGAGGUGCGUGCACUGUCGACCGUAGCUGAAGCGGACGAGAUCGAUUCUUCGAAUGGAAGCACAGAGCAGCACGUCUCAACAGUUCUAGAUGGAGACCCUGGGUCGAAAUCAAGGACUCCUAAUCUUAUUGAUGUCGAAAGUGAAAACAGCGGCUGGGUUCGACGGUUAGGUUUUUUCUGUACAUGUUCCAUGACAUUUUUGCUUUCUCAGCUUGAUGCACACGUUGUAGUGGAGCAAAGAGUGCACAUCCGCCCGAUGUCUAAAGCGCUAGCUGUGAUGGAGGUUGGAGAUAUUAUCAGUGAGAACCACUCAGGAGAGGAACAUGUGUGUUUCGAGAUCGAAGAAGGAUACAGAGAGACCGAUCCAUAUGUGUCAACUUUGUUUGAUGAAAUUUUGUACGUGGAAGACGAGGAAGACUGUUGCUCGCGCGUUUCUUUUAAAUUCAAAUCCGAGAAGGAUGACAUCCAUAUGAGGGACAAGAGGUGGACAGCUUGGCGUGCAAAAGGCUUAAAAUGUAUGGCAAGGCAGUACUCACUGCCAUUUAAGUAAUAGUUAUGUAUAACCACGUGCCACUUGUAUUGGCGAUCUAUCUAUGAGAAUAAAAAUAUGCAUUUUAUGAAUUUGGGUUUUAAGAGGAAUUAAUCCCAUGUGGCACGUAAAUUUUCAAUUGGAUUACGUUUUUAUGUUGAUAUCUCUCAGAAUGCGUGUGUUUCUUUAAUCGAAUUUAUUGACUUGUAAAUAUAUAUAUUAAUCAAUGAUUCCAACGAAACAUACAUCCAAUUUUUUUUCACAUUACACUUCCGCUAGGGAUCGAUCGCUAUGAAUUGGUCUAUGCAUAUUGACGUAGGCUGCAGGGCUUUAAAUCGUGUGCAUUUAAAAUGAAACGUGUGCAGAGAAGCCGGUUUCGUCGUGCCAAAAGUCUUCAAUCGUACGCAUAAAGAAUGAUAAGAAUUAAUUGUUAUAGCAUAUGUAAUUUUUUGGACAGCUACUUGUUACCAAUGUGAAGCGUGCAAAGUUAAAGGUAAAAAAUUGAAUGUGAUUCUGUAAGGGUUUUGAGCACUAAAUUCACCUUUUAAUGGCCUGCCAAGGUAGGCGGAAAACAGUAUUUAUUUAUUUUUAUUUUUCCACGCAAAUGGUAAGUCACACAAAGUUUCCGAGACCAGCCUACAAGUACAGCAUCGCAUGUAAAGCAUAGACGUUUGCGUGGUCGUAGUUCUUUGCUCCAGAGAGGUUUGUUCUCACAUGCCUGAGUAGAUCAAAUCCAUUGCAAGCCUGCGAACGGAGUGCCAAGAAGGUUAGCUUUUCUCUUGAAGAUUUAUCUUUUUGACCGUCGCAUGCGUCAGAAUAUAUUUUUUUAUAACUGGAGGAUAUGAGAACCAUCUACCAGGGAGGAAGAAGGUGCGAGAGCUAGCUGGAGGAUAUGAACGGCUCUUGAUGAUAUGAUAUGCAGUAGUGAGAAAGCUGCAAGCUGCAGGUUUUUUAUAACUGACGAGAGGAGGAAGAUGACCGUUGUAGUGAGGAUUGAGCCGUUGCGAGGAAGAGACGAGCGUGUGCAUUAACUUCAUUUGGGUGGUUGGGAGUUGGCAGAUGAGAGGGCGUGAAGGACAGGACGACAUCCAUUUGUGUGGACUUGGACAGAAAACGCGUGCACUGUGUAGAUGAUAUACCAAACAGUACAAAGGAAUACUAGAAGUGAAAAUGUGUGAAUACGAAACAGCUAAUAUAGCGAGUGGGAAUCCCGAUGCUAGUGGAUGGGAUGGAUUAGAG